AUGGAGUCUUCCAGCUCUGGCAACAUUGGUGAGAGUGAAACGCCAUUGGCACAAAUAAGUAGUAAUCAGCAUGAAAGUGAAGAUGAGGUUGAGUUCGUUGGAGAAGGGCCUAUAAGACCUGUACUUGAAUGCAUUGAUCUUGUGAGUAGUGAGGAUGAAGAACCUAACAGCAGUUCUUAUGCUCCUAGAAACAUUAAAUGUAAAGAUCACCUUGACUAUCAGAAGGAAAGGGUUGCAUCAACCUUAGAUCGUCUGGCACGCCAUGUUGAAGUAGAGAAACAGCAAAAAGAAGAGAAGAACAAAGCUUUUAAGGAGAAAAUUGAUUCCCAGUAUGCUCAUGGACUGCAAGAACUAGAAUUUAUUCGGGGGCACAGUGACACAGAAGCUGCAAGAUUAUGUGUGGACCAGUGGUUAAAAAUGCCAGGUCUCAAACCAGGCACCAUCAACAGUGGAAGAAGGGGCAGUUAUCAGAGGGCAGGUCAGACGCCAAGCAAGAGCAGUCCAAUUUCUUGUCCUGUCAUGAACUGUAACAGGAAGUUCGAUAACGGGCACCUUCUCCUAGGUCACCUGAAAAGGUUUGAUCAUUCUCCUUGUGAUCCAACGAUUACACUACAUGGACCUCCAAAUAAUUCUGUUGCCUGUGUGAUAUGCUGCAAAAAAUUUUCAACUUCUCAGCAGUACAGUGAUCAUCUUUUUUCUAAGCUGAAUGAAAAUGAUGGACAUAGAAAAGAUCUCCCUCCUCAGCUUAUCCAGUGUUAUGCGUGCCCAAGCUGCUUCCUCCUCUUCACCCGAAGAGAUGAAUGUUCGCAGCAUAUGUCUGCAGAGAACCACUUCCUCCAUUGUUUUAAACUGAAUGAAGCGAAAAGCGGCUUUCCUCUCCCUUUCCCAUCCUAUGCAAAGAAGCUCUUGGUAUCGUUGUGCAAAGAGGUCCCCUUCCAGGUGAAGUGUAUAUCCUGCUACCAGGUACUGCGCUCACACAUGGAAUUAACAGCUCAUUUCAGAACACAGUGUCGUAAUUCUGGCCCCAUGGCCCUGUCAAAGAAGAGCAUCUCCCAAGUUGCAGAAAUAUUUAAAACAAAAGGUCACUGUGAGAAAUGUGAUAGACUCUUUGCUGAUGAGGAUCAGAUCAUUCAGCAUAAGCAAAGCACUCAACAUAAAAUUAAAGUUAUUUCUACAAUGGAAGAGUCCAUCUUGACAUUCUGUCAUAUCAGUGAAAAAAAUAAAAAUCCGUCUCAUUUGUGUCAUAUCGUGGAUCGCUCCAGACCACUGCUUAAGAGACCUUUGAAUUCGAAGGACUCCAGCAGUGAAAAUGGAUCUACUCCUUCGAAAAGGAAAAGUGAUUUAAAAGGGAAAAAUGAAGGUCAUGUAGUAAACCAAAGUCAAGGUAGCAAAGUGAAAGCCUGGUUUUGUGAAUGCCUUCAGAAGUUUCUUACAGAAGACUCAGUCGAAAAGCACAUUUUAGCAGCGAACAGGAUCUGUCACAAGUGUGCUGUUUGCGGAAAGCUUGCGGAAACCUCGAGCAUUAUCCGCCUGCACAUGAGCCGGUUCCAUGGGGGAGCACACCUGACUAACUUCCUUUUCUGGUGCAGAGCAUGUGCUGUAGAUCUCCUCAGAGAAGAGGAUAUUAUGGGGCACGUGACUGAAUUUCACGGUGGACAUAGUUACUAUUAUGAGCAGGAGGCUCUAGAAGAGGAGCCUGUGCCCUCUGCUUCUGGCACAGCAUGCAGCUCCUCGAUGGAAAUGCAAUAUUAUGUUGCUAGUCCUGUGGAACUGUCCCCUGAAAGAAGCCCUUUGCUGGGAAAAUGGCAGUGCCACAUGUGUGAGGAGAUGUUUGACUCCGAGGACAGCGUUAAACAGCACUGCCUGUCUUUAGAAAGCCAUGCGUUUCACAGGUACUGCUGUGGCCUGUGCAAAAACCACUUUCGGAAAAUGGAAACGCUGCAGCGGCACUGCCAAGAGCAUCAUAACCAUGAGACAGACAUUAAAUACUUCUGUGGCCUCUGUGGCGAUCUCUUUUUUGACAUGGAGGAAGAAUUUCUAGCUCAUUAUACAGAGCUUCAUAGCACGGACUAUGCGUUUGUACCUGAGCAAGUGGAAGUAUCAAUAAAAAAGGAAGAUGACUUCCUCCCAGUUGAGAAAGGAGACUACUUAACCUGUGGUUGCCGGGCAAAUUAUGUCUCCCGACUAAACAGAAGGAAUGAUUAUGUGAAUUGUCAGAAGGUCAUGUUGCAAAAUGGAAGUUUAUGGUUUCGCUGCUGCUUCUGUUCUGCAACUGCGCAGAAUUUUGAUGAUUUGAACAGCCAUCUCAGUAGCCACCCUUCUGUGAAACGCACUGGUGAGAUGUACGUUGUCAGAUGUGCUGCGUGCAACAAAAACUUCCAUGAUCUCGCAAGCGCCCAUCAGCACUAUCACAUGAAGCACUGCUUCCUGCAGAAGCCGGAUUUGUCCAACCUUGCGGCAGAACCAGAAAAUACGUUGUUCAAGUUCACUGCUAGUGGGGCAUGUGUGGACAAGAAACCUGACAAAGCCAAGUUUGCAGCACAUCCAGCCAGGGCUCAAGAAGGAUUGCAGUCUCCUCUUCUGUGGGGACCAAAACAUGGAAAGAAAGAAAAAAAAGAAAACUUGGCACACAUGGAAGAAUCUGACCGUGAACUUCCUGAUUUUGACUACCUGAGUACCAUGACUCAUAUUGUGUUGGUGGAUCUAGACAACUGGGGAAGCCUAUUCACACAGCUGCCAGCUAACCUUAACCAGGGAACCUUUAUCUGGGGCUUUCAAGGAGGAUAUAGCAACUGGAAGCCUCCAGUGCAGUGCAAAAUCUAUAAUUAUCUUAAGAAGAUUGGAUGUUUCUUCCUUCACCCACGCUGUGGCACCCGAAGAGAAGCAGCAGACUUUGCCCUCUGCGUUCACGCUGGUCGUCUGGAUGAGCACCUGCCCAAACAAAUUCCUUUCACUGUACUUUCUGGAGACAAAAGCUUUCUAGAACUGGAAGCUCAGUUUAAAAUGACACAGCGUUCAGCUCGCAUCCUAAAUCCUCAUCACAUUGAAGGAGACAUGAUGUGUGCCUUGCUAAACAGCAUUUCAGAUACCACAAAAGGUUCAGACAGUGAAGAGGAUGAAGAUAUCAAACUUACAGUCAAGAAGAGCUUAGAAGAAACAAAGAAACAGCAAGAUACCGAAGAUGCAGAGAUGGAGGAAGCUAUCCAGAGGAGCCUGGAGGAAAUGUAG